GAUACGAAGAUGGUAGCUACCAACAGAAAUGAGGUUCCAACCAACUACGAUAGAAAAAAUGAACUGAAGUCUUUUGAUGACACAAAGGAAGGUGUUAAAGGCCUUGUUGAUGCCGGCAUAACCGAGAUUCUUCAGAUCUUUUAUCAUCCACCUGAUGACUCCGUCAACAAUACCUCUGAUACAGAAGAAACUCAGUUUAGUAUUCCAGUCAUAGACCUCAAGGGAAUCUGGGAUCCAACUAAACGAAAGGAAAUCGUUGCGGAUGUUGCAGAAGCAUCAGAGUCUUGGGGGUUUUUUCAAAUUGUCAAUCAUGGGAUACCUGUUGAUGUGCUUGAGGAGAUAAAGGAUGGGGUACGUGGGUUUUUUGAGCAGGAUACUGAAGUGAAGAAACAGUUUUAUACUCGUGAAAACUUGAGUAGUCCAUUCGUCUACAACAGCAACUUUGAUUUGUAUAGUGCACCAGUGACUAAUUGGAGGGAUACUUUUACGUGUUAUAUGACUCCUACUCCUAAGGCAGAGGACUUGCCAGAAGUAUGCAGAGCAAUACUAUUCGAAUACUCAAAUCAAGUAAUGAAGUUGGGGAAGCUAUUGCUUGAGUUGUUGUCUGAGGCUCUUGGGCUAAAGCCAAGUCACUUGAAUGACAUAGAUUGUGGUGAGGGGCUUCUUGUUAUAGGUCAUUACUAUCCUGCUUGUCCACAACCAGAAUUAACAAUAGGAACAAGCAAGCAUGCAGAUAAUACAUUCAUCACUGUUCUUCUGCAAGAUAAUAUUGGAGGCCUUCAAGUCCUUCAUCAUGAAAAAUGGAUUGAUGUGCUCCCUGUGCCAGGUGCCCUAGUGGUUAACAUUGGAGACUUUCUUCAGCUAAUAUCCAAUGACAAAUUCAAGAGUGUAGAACAUAGGAUACUGGCAAACCAUAGAGGUCCCAGAAUAUCUGUUGCGGGUUUUUUCAGCACUGGAUUGCUGCCAUUGACAAAGCUGUAUGGACCAGUUAAGGAGCUAUUAUCGGAAGACAAUCCUCCAAAGUACAGGGAGACCACUUUAAGGGACUAUAAUGCAUACUACAGAGGUAAAGGCCUUGAUGGGAGAUCUGCCUUGUCUUAUUUUAAGCUCUGUUAGAGACAGGGGCUCCUCUGCCAUGGAUAUAAGGUGCCAUUUUAAAUCAUCUUCCUGCAGUAUUACUCUCCCGGCAUACAUGCAUUAGUUAUAUCAUGGUAACAGUUAUGACUGAUGAGUGAUGUAGUUGUUGGCUAUGAGAUCCUACUUUCUGAAUCGUUUGCAUAUGAAAUAAAUACUAGUUUGUAUUAAGCAUAUCAACACUAAAUUAACAAACAGUUUGUAAUAAGUACAUCAACAUUAUUACUUACAAAACUACUGUUAAAUCCUUAAAUACUUGUCUUUCCCUG